UGUCUAAUAUUAAGAAGCAUAGAAGAGUUAAAGCAUAAACCAGGCAUGGUGUCUGCACUAGUGACCAUGUAUAGCCAUGAAGAAGAUAUUGAUAGUGCCAUAGAAGUCUUCACACAAGCUAUCCAGUGGUAUCAAAACCAUCAGCCCAAAUCUCCGGCUCAUUUGUCUUUGAUAAGAGAAGCUGCAAAUUUCAAACUCAAAUAUGGGUGGAAAAAGGAGGCAAUUAGUGAUCUUGAACAGCUAUGGAAACAAAACCCAAAAGAUAUUCACACGCUGGCACAGCUUAUUACGGCUUACUCACUUGUAGAUCCUGAGAAAGCAAAAGCUCUUAGUAAACAUUUGCCCUCGUCAGAUAGUAUGUCUCUGAAAGUUGAUGUUGAGGCGCUUGAAAAUUCUCCUGCUGCCACAUAUAUUCGGAAGAAAGGUGGAAAAGUUGCUGGAGAUAGUCAACCAAAGGAACAAGGGCAGGGAGAUUUGAAAAAGAAGAAAAAGAAAACGAAAGGCAAACUGCCCAAGAACUAUGACCCCAAAGUGACCCCAGAUCCGGAAAGAUGGCUGCCAAUGCGAGAGCGAUCCUACUACCGAGGAAGGAAGAAGGGUAAAAAGAAGGAUCAGAUUGGAAAAGGGACCCAGGGAGCCACUGCAGGUGCUUCAUCUGAACUGGAUGCAAGUAAAACUCUGAGCAGCCCACCCACCUGCCCCAGACCUGGUAAUACUGCAGCACCAUCUGCAUCUACAAGUAAUUAUAUUAUAAUUAUUAUACCCCCACGACAUCAGAAGCCAGCAGGUGCUCCAGCAACAAAAAAGAAACAGCAGCAGAAAAAGAAGAAAGGUGGGAAAGGUGGUUGGUGAUUAGAACACUUCUUGCAGGCUGUUUUGAAACUACUCAGUGACGCUAGCAACAUAAUAAAGGUAACAGCAAGAAGCACAGAACUACUCAUUUCUCUCUCAUGUCCACAUUUUCAUCUGAUGAUUUUCUUGUGCUUCAAAAUAGGAAAAUGUCUUCAAACUGCCUAAGUCAGAUUUGACCUAUUUGUACCACCCAGCUUGCAAAGAUGACAGGGACUCACAAUUUCACAAUAAUUGGCAUUUAUCCACCUUGGUA